AUGGCCGGUACAGCCGUUGGCCAAAGACAUGCCAUGCGCGGCAUCAAACGUGUAGCUUUGGUGGGAGGAACACAUGGAAAUGAACUCUCAGGAGUUCAUUUGGUUCGUUCUCUCCUGCGGCAACCGUCGUUUCAAGACUUUAAGUCCUUGGAGAUUGAUUGUUUGCUGGCUAAUGAUUUGGCCAUCGAAGUCUGCCGUCGCUUUGUUGACAGAGAUCUCAACCGCUGCUUUUCUCGAUCGACGUUACACAGUGAUGCUGCUGACAGCUAUGAAAUGCACCGUGCCCAAGAAAUCAAUGCACGCAUCGGUCCACGCUUUUCGGCGGAGGCUUCGGAUUUAUGCAUCGAUUUGCACAAUACCACCAGCAAUUUCGGCUGCGGCAUCAUCAUCACUGACACGUCCUCACCGGACUUGCACUGGAAACUCCAACUUUGUGAUUAUCUUCGCUGUCGAGUGCCCAAUGUACACAUCCUCCUGGACUGCCUGGGUGAUUGCUCUGAGGAACCCUAUCUGCCAUUAACUGCGAAGAAUGAUCUGACCUUUGAGGUGGGGCCCCAGGCUCAUGGCACCCUGGUAUCAGAGGUUUUCUGGAAUCAGCGAAGGUUGGUUUUUGGCGCCCUGGACUUCCUGGAGCGAUUCAACCGCCAGCAGCUCUCUGACGAGGAGAGAAGUGAAAAGACUUUGGAGGUCUUUAUUCAGACCGGUGCAGUGCACUAUCCAACGAGGUCAGAUGGUAGUCUCCGUGCAUCGAUUGCUGCCGAGCUACAAGGAAAAGACUUCCAAGCACUUCAUCUAGGAGAUCCUGUUUUUCAGGACUUGGAGUCUGGUGAGAUGAUACUUUGGGACGAGCCAGAGUGCUAUCCUUGUUUCAUCAAUGAGGCUGCCUAUCUCUCCAGCGGCAUUGCCUUCCAAAAAACCAUGCGAUGCCAGCUGACGAUUCCAGAGUUACGGUCAGAUGGAAGCCUUUGCAAUAUUGAACUUCCGUCAGUCGAUUGA